AUGUUCACUUUCGAGCUUUUACCAAACGAAUUACUACACAAUAUAUUGUCAUAUCUUCAUUCGGAUGAAAUUAUCUACAGCUUUUUGAAUCUGAAUCUCAGAUUUUACAAUUUGUGUGUUCCAUACAUCGAACGAUUAAAUUUAUCAACGACGAACAAUGCUCAACUAUGGUGUACAUCAAACUUUCAAUUAGUUCCAUCGAUAGUCAAAACAUUGAAAUUCAACGAUACACAACUCGAUUGGAUUUUCGAUUCUUCUGAUAAUGUUCUUGUUUAUUUCACGCAGUUGAAAACAAUAUACUUGAGAAUUCUUUCACAAAACGAUCAUUAUCGAUGCUAUUUACCAGCUUUCAAGCAAAAGAUCUCUUCUUUAACUAUGGAAUAUCAAAAUGCGACACUGUUUUCAAAAGUUGAUCAUGAAAUUUUAAAUGAAUUCAUCAAUAAUGAUCCUUCGACGACAGUGAAUUCAUUAACUAUCGAUGGUGUAUGUUUAUCCAUUGAUAGUGAAUAUUUUCAAAUUUGUCAAACGUUGAAACGAUUGACAUUGUCAGUUGAAUAUCAACAUCAUUUGUUUAUUUUAUUGGAAUAUCUUCCGCAAUUAGAAUAUCUAAAUAUUGGUAUUCGAGAAGGUAAAGCAGGUAGAUAUGAUUAUGAUUAUUCGAAAACGAGAUAUCUAUCGUUAAAAUUACAACGAUUAAUCAUGUCCGCGAAUGAUAUUGAUUUUCACGAUCUGAAUCUUUUAAUUGAACAAUGUCGAACAACACUGAGCGUUCUGAAAUUACAUUUGAAGAUUGACUAUAUCAUCGAUGGACAAAUGUUAGAAGCGUGGAAAGGAUUUUUAAAAGAAUUUUACUUCUAUUUUUUCUGUCAUUCACUUGGUGAUGUGUUUGUUGAUCCCAAUGCUCUAUUAUCUUCAUUUCAAACAUCGAUUUGGCUACGCGAUCAACCGGUAAUGUUUUUCACGAAUUCUUUUUAUCGAACAUGUGCUAUCGUUUCGCCUCCAUCUCAUUGUCGAAGUUUUAAUUGUUCGUUGACGAAUGAAUUUCUUGACUAUCGUGUGAACAAUCAAUAUCUACAAUUGACGAUGCCACGAAUUAAACGGAUAUUUCUCAAUGAUAAACAACAGCCUAUUUACACCAACCGGUUUUUCCGUGUGUUCGGAUCGAUCUUCGUUAAUCUACAGAUCUUAGAAAUUGGUUCGAAUUUUCAUCUGAUGGAUAACGAAAAUCAACAUGAUGAUCUGAAACUGCUCACUGUUCAUACGUUGAUCAUUGUCACCAAUCAAGAUUAUCUCAAUGUUCAACGUUUACUGAAACUUCUACCAAAUCUAUCCCGUCUCGUGAUCGAUUACGAUCUAUUAGUAGCCAGUACAUACGAUCUGUCAUAUACAAUGGGAAACCGAAAUCAACUACGAGAAAUCUUGAUCUAUUUUCAACCAAAUCAACAUAUAGAACUUGAUGACGAACUAAAAAAUCGAGUGAAGUUCGUCUACGGCAAUGCGAAGAUAUUGUCUUGA